GUCUCUCUCAUCUAUCAGUGCCCAUGAUAACAAGUAACAAACAAACUCACCACAAAAUUCUUUUAACAAUAAAUAAACUUGUCAGAGAAGAAAUUUCCUCGAAUUGACAGAAGAAGAAGAAGAAGAAGAAAAAAAAGUUUAUCUUUUUCUUUCUAAUCAUUCACACCCAAUUCAAACGAUACUUGUCCGACGAUCUCUAUCCAAUCUCUUUUUCCCAUCAAUAUUGUAUUCGUUUCCUUGUAAAGUACUCUGUUUUCGCUUCACACGCCAUUUUUUUUUCUUUCUUUGACUUCCAUUAAAACCAUGCCUGACAAAGAAUUGUAUUUGAUUGUUUAAGACAGCUUGUAUUUGUUUUUGAAAGAGGGGUUUGGCUUUAAAUUUUUUUCUUUUGUUGGGAUGGGACUUUGUUGGGGAUCUUUAUCUGAUUCUCCUCCUACAACAACAACACCUUCCUCUACUGGUAACAUCAGUUCAGGGACUUUUAAGUCAUCAAACAACACGACGACUACAGGAGCAUCAAGGGGAAGUAACAUCUCUAGCAAUAGUGGGUUCUCUGUGGCAAGUGGUGAAGAUGCUUAUCCUGAGGGUCAGAUACUUCCCAUUCCGAAUUUGAGGAUAUUUACCUUAGCAGAACUUAGAGCUGCAACAAGGAAUUUCAAGACUGAGAAUGUUCUUGGAGAGGGAGGAUUUGGGAAAGUCUUCAAAGGCUGGCUUGAAGACAAGACGUCUGGGAAACAAAGCAAUGUUGGAACCGUGAUUGCUGUUAAGAAACUCAAUGCCGAAAGCUUCCAAGGAUUCGAGGAAUGGCAAUGUGAGGUAAAUUUUCUUGGAAGGGUCUCUCAUCCGAACCUUGUGAAACUAUUGGGAUACUGCUUGGAAGGUGAAGAGUUGCUUCUUGUGUAUGAGUAUAUGCAGAAAGGGAGUUUAGAGAAUCAUCUCUUUCGAAAGGGGUCGUCUGUUCAGCCGCUCACAUGGGAUAUAAGGCUUAAGAUCGCAAUAGGAGCAGCUAAAGGAUUAGCAUUCUUGCAUGCUUCAGAGAAGCAAGUAAUUUAUAGAGACUUCAAAGCUUCAAAUAUUCUACUUGAUGGGUCAUUUAACGCAAAGAUAUCAGAUUUUGGAUUGGCGAAAUUAGGUCCUUCCGCGAGUCAAUCUCACAUCACAACACGGGUUAUGGGUACACAGGGCUACGCAGCUCCAGAGUAUGUUGCUACAGGUCACUUGUAUGUAAAGAGUGAUGUUUACGGGUUUGGCGUUGUUUUGGCUGAGAUCUUAACUAGUUUACAUGCGCUUGAUCCUACUCGUCCUUCCGGGCAACACAAUCUAACGGAAUGGAUCAAGCCUCAUCUAUCUGAAAGAAGAAAACUAAGGAGCAUAAUGGACCCUCGUCUAGAAGGAAAGUACCCUUUUAAAUCCGCUUUCCGAGUCGCUCAACUUGCUCUGAAAUGCCUUGGACCCGAACCCAAGGACCGUCCAUCGAUGAAAGAAGUGGUGGAAUCUCUCGAACUCAUUGAAGCUGCUAAUGAGAAACCGUUGGAACGAAGGACUACUAAAACUCCCCCAUCCGUCCGUCAACAACAAGGCCAUUAUCGUCCGCAACACCUCUCUUCAUUUCGUCCUAGGCAUACCAUGGCUCGAGCUCGCUAGUGUUGUUUUGAAAGACACGAGAUUCUUUUUUUUUUAAUCAGAACCCAUUCGUAUGUAUUACUACUACAUGGAAUACCCAACAUAGAGAAAACAUAACAUAUGUUGUACCUGUAUUAGUGUGUAAUGUUUGCUGUGUAAUAUAAAAGCCAUUUUUCACAAA